UGAAACUGAUUGGUCCACAUCAGAGACAGCUUUCUUUAGAGCCGAGUCUCAAAUGGUGUUAGAUGGGAGGACGCCAAAAGGCGAAUAUCAUUGCUUGUCAUAUUAAUACAAGCAAGCUUACUUUAUUUAAAUUCUGCCCUGCACAUUUAACAAUGAAGUGCAAGAAUAGCGCGAACAUGUAUAUGUUGUGCACUUUUAAAAUUAGUAAAUGGGUCAUCUACAUGAAAGAUUGUAAAAUGUAUCAUGUAUAUUUUGUUCAAUUUGUAUUUUUUUGUUAAUUUGUUAUAUCACCCCAGGAACGAAGAAGCAGAGAGGUCCCAUCAUCUAUCCUGAUCCAAUUUUAUGCGGCCAGACUUCACAAUGCCUCUGCUAUUGUUAUUGCUUUGCUCCAUGUGGCUGUCUGCAGAUUGUCUUCCAAAUUUCGAAGUGGAGCGCUACGAUGGGUGGUACAACAAUUUGGUGAACAUUCAGUGGGGCUGUGCAGGGAGCAAGCUGCUGCGCCUGGCUCCGGCGUCGUUUGCCGAUGGCGUCUACCAGAUGUGGGACGAGCCCGCGGUGCCCAACGCACGUCGCUUGAGCAGCAGCGUCAUGCGGGGAGAGAGCGGCCUUCCCUCGGCCCUCAACCGCACCGUGCUGGCCGUCUUCUUCGGUCAGCAAAUAUUGAAUGAGAUCAUGAACACUAAACAGCAAGGCUGCCCCGCCGAGUUUGUCAAUAUCAGAAUCCCAUCGAAUGACUCGGCAUUCUCAAAUGGCGCCUACAAAGUCCUGCCGUUCCAGCGCAGCCACUGGGAUGAGGAUACUGGAUCGUCUCCAAACAACCCCAGGACGCCGUCGAAUAUGGUGACGGCUUGGAUUGAUGGAAACUCGAUAUACGGAUCCUCGCAGACUGCUUGCAAUGCACGCCGCAAGUUUGCGAAGGGAAUGUUGAAAACCAGCAGCAAUGGGUUUCUUGCGCCCCUUGCAGAAGACUCAUCCACAUUGAUUAAUAUUCGCUCUCCGUCUCACGAGGUUGGCAGCGUCGUGCCUCAGACCCAAUAUGUUUUUGGGAGUCCGUGGGCAAAUGAGAGCCCGUCCCAGAAGGCCUUGAGCACGGUGUGGCUGCGCUACCACAACUACUGGGCAAGGAACCUGAGCAUGGCUCACCCUGAUUGGAAUGACGAGGAAGUAUUUUCAAAUGCACGGAAGUGGGUAGUGGCCAUAUAUCAGAACAUUAUUCUCUAUGAAUGGUUACCAGCGAUGCUUGGACAAAAUGUGUCAGACUACACAGGGUACAAGAUGCACGUGCAUCCAGGUAUCUCGGUGGAGUUUGAGGCAGCCGCCAUGAGGUACAGCCAAACCAUGCUUCCUCCAGGCGUUUACACGAGGAAUGAAUCCUGCCAUUUCAAGCCAACCGAGUCUGGUUUUAUUGCAAGUCGUGUGUGCAACAACUACUGGAAUCAUAAGGUUUUCGAAUCGUGGCAUGAAGUUGACGAAAUUCUGCUGGGAAUGGCUUCUCAGAUCGCUGAGAAAGAGGACCACAUUGUUGUCGAAGAUAUCCUUGACAGGAUGUACGGACCUCUGAAGGCCUCCCGCCUGGACCUCAUGGCCAUGAACAUUCAGCAGGGUCGCGACCACGGAGCUCCCAGUUACAACGAGGUGCGGCGAGCUGUGAAGCUGCCUCCUGUCUCGCAAUGGGGAGACAUCAACCCCAGGCUCAAUCAAAGCAACCCCGAGGUGAUCGAGCGACUGAAGCAGGCCUAUAACGGUGACAUCUCCCGGUUGGAGCUGUGGCCGGGGGGGCUAUUGGAGUGCCAGGGGGGGCCUGGGCCCCUGUUCUCGCGCAUCCUCGUCGAUCAGUUUGAGCGCAUCCGCGACGGGGACCGCUUCUGGUUUGAGAACACCAACAACGGGAUGUUCACAGACACGGACGUAGAAGCGGUGCGAGGCAUGCGGUUCUCAAGCGUCUUGAGGGCUACAAUGAUGAUCGAUGAGAACUCCGUCCAAGAAGAGGUUUUCUUCUGGAGAAACGGGGACCCUUGCGAGCAGCCCAAGCAGCUCAGAGUGGAGGACUUGGAGGUGUGCACACCCCCACAGACCAUUGACUACUUCUCCGGGAGCGUGGUCACCUUCAUAAUCACCAACGUGCUCCUCUUGCUCAUACCUGCAGCAUGCGUUGCAGCUUUGUGGUGCGUCUCUUACAACCGCAAGAGGAGCUUCAAGAAGUUGACAGACCAGAAUGACCCAAAAACUGAAGCAAAGAAGGAGACAGACGGCAUUCCUGCCAGGGAAUGGCGGGGCAAGAAGGAACCCCUGCGGGACGUGCGGUUGAGAUUCGACGACGCGGGAUCGAUCAAGGUGCUGGACUGCGCGGGGGCCCUGCUGCGAAGCCUGGAGGUGAAGGCCCUGUCCGGCGUGGAGCUGCUCUUGGCCAGCGACAGGGGCAACCUGCUGCUGGUGCACGUGCCCAAAGAGUACGACCUGGUGAUAUUUUUUGAAUCGACUAUCCAGCGGAGUACAUUUGAACAUCGGCUAAAAGAAAUUGUGACAAAAGUUGCCAAUCACUCCGUUAAGACGGACGCUGGAACUAAAAAGGCAAUUUUAAAACGUGCCAUUACAAAGCAGCAGAGGAAGGUUUUGCUGGAGACAUCAUUCAAGACGAUAUUUUCCAAGGUUUUGAAGAUUGACCCGGAGAGAAAUGUGGAGAUGCAGGCAGAUGCAGUUAAACAGUCGCUCGAGUGUGAGCUGUCUCGCGAAGAGCUGGGCGAAUUGCUAGGCCUGAAGCCCAGCUCCACAUUUAUGCAGGGCAUAUUUCAUCUGACUGGCAAAGACGAUGAUGGGUACUUAUCCUUUAAUGAGCUGACUGAUGUGCUUGGCGUCUUCAUAACAGGUACUGCUGAGGAAAAAUCCAAACAGAUGUUUGACAUGUACGCCACGAGGAGGUGUGGUCCCAUGACGAAGGAGAAGUAUGAAUUCAUGCUCAGGUCAUUCUUGGAGAUGGCGAACUACAAGUUACAAAAGAAGGAAGAGGACAGCAUCAUCAACGCAUUGUUUAGUAAACAAGAAUUCAACAAGACGGAGUUCACCUGGCAGGAUCUGCAUGCCCUCUUGGAUGAGCACUACAAUGACGCCGGCAGCCUUCAGAUUCACAUCCCAGGUAUGGAAUUGCCCCAAGCGAGACGUCAAGCAGAACGCACUGUCUCUUUCAUUCACCAUCGCAAACCAAACGGAACUACCGCCAAACGAGACCAGCCAUUCACGGACGCUGCGUACGAGCGCUACGACCGGAGCAAGCUGGGCCAGAAGAUGCAGGCCUUCAAGCGCUACGUGGAAAACUACCGCCGCCACAUCUUCUGCGUGUUCGUCUUCUACGCCGUCAUGGCCGGCGUCAUGGUCGACCGUGCCUUCCAUUAUCCAGGAGAUGCAAAAGACAUUGGUAUCCAGCAGGUAACAGAGGUUGGCAUCAGGCUGGCCCGCGGCUCGGCGGCUGGAAUUUGCCUCUGCUACUCGUUCAUCCUCCUCACCAUGUGCCGGAACAUAAUCACGGCGCUUCGCGAGACGGCGCUCAACCAAUACAUCCCCUUCGACUCGGCCGUGGAAUUUCAUCGCAUGAUUGCCAUGACCGGCCUCGUUGUGUCCAUCGUGCACACCAUUGGCCACGUGAUAAACGUGUACUAUUUCUCCAUCAUCCCGCUAAGCGUGCUCUCCUGCCUCUUUCCACACUGGUUUUACAACGACUGGUCUGAAAUACCUCCAAAAUUCUACUGGUGGUACUUUCAAACAAUCCCAGGUUUGACAGGAGUCCUCCUCCUGGCGGUCCUUGCGGUGCUCUACAUUUUCGCCAGCCGCUUCUCCCGAAGCCACUCGUUCAACGUAUUCUGGCUGACCCACCAGCUGUACUUUGCAUUCUACAUUCUGAUGCUCCUGCAUGGGAGUGUUGGUCUCGUCCAGAAGCCCAGGUUCUACAUGUAUUUUCUGCCGCCGGCUCUCAUCUUCAUGGGUGACCGGCUCCUGAGUCUCAGCCGACGCAAGGUGGAGAUUGAUGUUAUUAAUGCUGAGCUUCUCCCCUCGGGGGUUACUCACCUGGAGUUUAAACGGCCACAAGGCUUCGAAUACAAGUCGGGGCAGCUGGUGCGCGUGGCCUGCCUGAAACUGGGCCGUAGUGAAUACCACCCAUUCACGCUCACGUCCGCACCCCACGAGAACACCCUGAGCAUUCACGUGCGCGCAGUGGGGCCCUGGACCACGCGACUCCGUGAAACCUACUCUCCAGACAACUCCAGGUCCUUUUCCAAGAUAUACCUGGACGGUCCAUUUGGGGAGGGACACCAGCACUGGAAUGAUUUUGAGGUGUCCGUGCUGGUGGGAGGAGGCAUUGGAGUCACUCCUUUUGCUUCCAUCCUGAAAGACAUUGUUCACAAGUCGUCGAUCAAUGCCCGGCUCAUUUCCUGCAAAAAGGUGUACUUCAUUUGGGUGACGCGGACCCAACGGCAGUUCGAGUGGCUGACGGACAUCAUCCGGGAGGUGGAAGAAAACGACAAGAACGACUUGGUGUCCACGCACACCUACAUCACGCAGUUCGCCGAGAAGUUUGAUCUGCGCACAGCCAUGCUGUACAUCUGCGAGCGUCACUUCCAGAAGGUGUCCAACCGCAGUCUGUUCACGGGCCUUCGCUCCAUCACGCACUUUGGCCGCCCGCAGUUUGUGCCCUUCCUCAACUCCUUGGAGAAUCUGCACCCGAAGGUUGGGAAGAUCGGCAUUUUUAGCUGCGGACCUCCGGGUCUUACGAAGACCGUUGAGAAGUCUUGCCGCCAGUUAAAUGGUCAUGAUCAAACCCGCUUUGUCCACCAUUACGAGAACUUCUGAUUUCACAAUUUGCACUCAUUGCAGAUGCAAGAUACAUUUUGGUCAUAAAAUAGAAACCCCACGUAUAUCAGUAACAAAAUUAUUCACUUGCUGGUCAUGAAACCCGUUUUAGAAUGUUACGUUAUCACAAGUGGUACACUUUAAACAUCAGUUAUGUUGUGAUCUUUUAUUUUGCUGCGUUAAUUUGCAGUCAGAGAAUAAGCAGAAUAAUAAUUCGUGAAAACAAGGAGUCUUUUCAACGUACAUUUUUUUUACAUGAUAGUUAGGUUUGGUUUUAACUAUCAAGUAAUAAUUCGCACAUGCUCACAUCAAAACUGCAUUCUAAAACUACGUUUUGAUGUGGUCUGAUAGUCGGACUCAUACUGGAGUUAAAUAUUGCAGGUGUUAUUGUCUGCCUUUUUAAAUGAUGUCACAUUUUACAGACGUGGGCGAGAAGACCGGCAGCUACAAUUUGGAUAAAAAAUUUGUAGCAAUAUAACACGCAAGACCGCACCUCCGAUUAGCACACGGUUGGCUAUGUAUGGCGCGAAAGAAGUUAAACAUAUGCAUAUACGUGACAGUGUGUUCUUACCAUGGUGUCUGUGCUCGCGCAGAUAUCACUGGAUGGUCCGUUUUGAAAAGGUCUCCAUUUUGUUCCAUUCCUUCAUUCACAUUGUUGCUCCUUUGUAGAAUUGGCCUGCAUUGUUUUUUUCAAUUAUCAGUCUCACUAUCAUCUCUUCCCACUGUCUCACUCUGCUUUCUAUUCAAUUCUCUCAGUUUGGACUCUGUAGUAUAUUCUGUCCAUCUCUCGUCGGUUAUUUACAUUACCAGUCAUUGUCCAUUUCCACCUUGUUUAGUAAAAAAUAAAUAUAUAAGGUUUAUAAAAGAGUGAAUUCUUUUAUAGGUUUUGCAAUGUAUGUUUCACACAUUUCCUAAAACGUAUUCUCAUAUAUGAGGUCACACUUUCACACUGCACACGUUUGUUACAAUUUGUAACACAGUUUGUGAUUUUUUUUUUCACUACACUGCAAUUAUGACUAACCGACAUUUUGGUUUUAUUUUGGAGAUAAAAGUGAAAAAAGAUGUAAAGUAUGUUCGACAAUUUAUUUAAAAUAUCUAUUUUUAGAACGUGAUUAUAAGAUACAAGUACAGUAUUGCAAUUCUUGCCGUGUGAACGCAAUUUGAAAACACUGUUCUGUAAUUGUUGAUUGCAGUGCUUAGUUGCAAACCUAGUGUGGUGCGUUCUUAAUGUCUUUGUGCUAAUAAGCAAAUCUUAUCACAUACAUCUUAAAUAAAAAAAUGAUGUGCA